AACCCCAUUUUUUUUCUUCAACCAUAUCGGGAAAUUAACCAAAAAAAAAAAAGAAUAACAAUUCCCCGCCAAAUUUAAGUAUCGCCGCCGUCUCCGUUCACCUCAUUUUUCCGAAAUGGGAAACUGUUGCACUCGCGGAGACGGCAGCGAUAAGCUAGAAAAAGCUGCCGCAGGAUACGGCAAUGGCGACGCGGAUCCCACCGUUACUUCACAUCAAACUUCUUAUAGAACCGCACCGUCGUCUCAAGGAGCUUCCACCGUCGGCAAACAAUCAAAACCUGCACCGAUGGGACCGGUUUUAGGUCGACCAAUGGAGGACGUUAAAGCCACUUACACCAUCGGAAAAGAACUAGGUCGUGGUCAAUUUGGGAUUACCCAUUUAUGUACCCAUAAAACGACAGGCGAGCAGUUCGCUUGUAAGACGAUAGCGAAACGGAAGCUAUCGAGCAAAGAGGAUGUGGAGGAUGUAAGGCGGGAGGUUCAAAUAAUGCAUCAUUUGACGGGACAACCUAAUAUCGUGGAAUUGAAAGGGGCGUAUGAGGAUAAACACGCCGUUCAUUUGGUGAUGGAAUUGUGCGGCGGCGGGGAAUUGUUCGAUCGGAUUAUUGCUAAAGGGCAUUAUACCGAACGGGCGGCGGCGUCUUUGCUCCGGACGAUUAUGCAGAUCGUUCAUACGUUUCAUUCAAUGGGGGUUAUACAUAGGGAUCUUAAGCCUGAAAAUUUCUUGUUGUUGGGCAAAGAAGAGAAUUCUCCCCUUAAAGUUACUGAUUUUGGCCUAUCAGUGUUUUUUAAGCCAGAUGAAAUAUUUAAAGACAUAGUUGGGAGUGCAUAUUAUAUAGCACCUGAAGUUUUAAAGAGGAAAUAUGGACCUGAAGCCGAUAUUUGGAGUGUUGGUGUCAUGUUGUACAUCCUUCUUUCAGGCGUUCCUCCUUUCUGGGCCGAAUCGGAAAAUGGGAUAUUCAAUGCAAUAAUAAAAAGCCACGUGGAUUUCUCGGGCAAACCUUGGCCGUCGAUUUCACAUCAAGCAAAAGAUCUUGUGAAGAGGAUGCUAAAUCCAGAUCCCAAAAGGAGGUUAACAGCUGCCCAGGUUCUAAGUCAUCCAUGGAUUAAAGAAGAUGGUGAAGCACCUGAUACACCACUUGAUAAUGCAGUGCUAAGCAGGCUCAAACAGUUCAAAGCAAUGAACCAAUUCAAGAAAGUUGCUUUGAAGGUGAUUGCAGGGUGUUUAUCAGAGGAAGAAAUAAGGGGAUUGAAAGAAAUGUUUAAGGCAAUGGACACAGAUAACAGUGGAACCAUAACACUUGAAGAACUCAGGCAAGGUCUAGCUAAACAAGGCACUAAAUUAUCUGAAUAUGAAGUUAAACAACUCAUGGAAGCUGCUGAUGCAGAUGGUAAUGGCACAAUAGACUAUGAUGAGUUCAUAACAGCCACAAUGCAUAUGAACAGAAUGGAUAGAGAAGAACAUCUCUACCAUGCUUUCCAGCACUUUGAUAAAGACAACAGCGGGUAUAUUACGACAGAAGAACUAGAGCAAGCUCUACGUGAAUAUGGCAUAAAUGAUAGCACAGACAUCAAGCAAAUCCUUUCUGAAGUUGACGCUGACAAUGAUGGAAGGAUAAACUAUGACGAAUUUGUGGCAAUGAUGAAAAAGGGAAAUCCCGAACCGAACCCGAAGAAGCGACGCGAUGUAGUCGUUUGAGCUUUUUUACCGUGGGGUACAAAUGGAGGAGAAACAAAAGAAGGAAAACUCGAUGUGAAUUUUUUUUUUUUUGUUGAAUCACAGGCUCGUGCGAGAAUGGAAAAGCUUACGUAAAAAAGAAACAAGAUAGCAUGCAUGCAUGCAUGCAUGCAUGUAAAUCAUUAAAAAAAAAAUCUCGUAAAGGGCACUUAAUUUUUUUAUACAUCGAUUUUAUAUAUAUUCGAUGUAUUGGCAGUUGGCAACCACCGUAUAUAAAUUUUAUUAAUCAGUAGUGGAUCAAAUUAUACCAUCUUAUUAAAAAUAAUGUUAUUUUUAGAAAGUGAAAUAAUUAGGUGAUAUAAUUUGAUUUCUUGAGUUUAUA